UUCUAAUGUUGUAAUAUGUUUGCUGCUGCAACCAAAAACUUUGUUAAACAGGUUGGUGACGGAGGAAGACUAGUGCCAGUGCCCAGCCUCAGUGAAGCUGAUAAGUACCAACCUCUCAGCCUUGUGAUUAAGAAAAGAAAAUGUUUGCUUUCGAAAAAAUCUAAAUUUGCUUCGACACCUUUCACGUUAAAAGACAUUCUUGAAGGGGAGAAAGAAAUUUCUGCAGGUGUUUCAUCCUACCAGUUGCUCAACUAUGAAGACAAAUCAGAUGUUUCACUCAGUGGUAGAAGAGGAAAUCAGAUAAUCAACGAUGUUGGUUUUGAUGUUGCUGGAUCAGAUUCUAUUGCCUUUAAAGCUUCAUUUGGCAUAGUGACCAAACACGAGGUUGAAGUACCGACGCUGCUUAAAGAACUUACUACAAGAAAAAUAAACUUUGAUCAUUGUCUAGUCCAUCAAACAAGAAAAAGUAGGAUGGAGAUUCUGUGUGUAGUCAUGGAAAGCAUUAGGACAACAAGGCAAUGCUCAUUAACUGUUCAUACUGGGAUGCGUGGAGAGACUAUGAGGUUUCACAUAAUUGAAGACCAAAAUAGUAAAGGACGGGACAAAGCCAUUGUUUUUCCUGCACAUACAACGAUUGCUUUUAGUGUAUUUGAACUUUAUAUUCGUUUGGAUGGGAAUUUUGAACUGUGUGUGACUCCAAUUGCAAAGGGGGGAUUUGAAAAAGAGAAAUCUGGAUCAUCUUCAAUGAACAAAUUAAGGAGAUUAAAGCAUAAUCUCUUUCAUCGAAAUAAAAGAAUAGUGAGUAUCGUCCCUAGCUCUGACGGUUACUUGGAGGACCUUUUUACAGACUACUAUGAGAAAGCUGCAAGCAUGACUGAUCUCUCUACAAGCUAUCUCAGAGAUGGGGCUCAUGUCCGAAUUAAUUUACUUAAUAACAACAUCCCCAAAGGUCCUUGUGUUCUUUGUGGAAUGGGAAGUUCUAAAAGAGAAACAGUCUAUGGAUGCCUAGAGUGCUCUUUUAAUGGACAGAAGUAUGUACGACUGCAUGCUGUGCCCUGUUUCGACCUCUGGCAUAAAAGAGUGAAGUAACUGCUGUAGGUAAGUGCCUGUUGUUACAGACAUGGGCAUAACUGGGUGCCACAAGUUUUCAGAGUUAUUACAUGUGAUUCAAAUGGUUUAAAUGCAAAAUAGUGCAAGUGCAAAAUAUUUUAUUUCACUAUUAUUUUCAACUUAUUUGCUUCACAAUGAUCUUAAUUACUUGAGAAUGUUCCAAUGCAUUCCCUGACAUUUUGCUUUUCAUCUUUCUAGUACCUUCACACUUCAUUAUCAUAGUGGAAGAUGUACUUUUAAAAUGAAUUUUAAUAAUGUCAAAAUAUAUACUAUAACUUACCUAUAAAGUUGUUUACAGAAAUUUGUUUUGAAGCCUCCAAAUGUUGCCUUUAUCUACACUGGCAUAUAAUUGUAAAAUGAGAAUAUUUAUUAAUAAUUUAGUGUUCUCAUGAAUGUUUAAUUGAAGUAUCAGAUUAAAAAACAUUAGCUCAGUCUAAUGUUUCAUUUACAAAAGGGAACUAAUAAAACUGGGGUUAGGAGUUUAAUAUUAGGAUGUCAUUACUAAGAAGUACCAGCCAGCAUACAAGGUAUGUUUGGAUUUUAGGUUACAACUGCUCUUGAAUUUCAUACAUUUUAUGUGUUCAGAAAAAAAGUUUAAUGGAGAAAGCUUAGGAAAUUUAACAUAACAGAACUAGAUCCUUCCAGCUAGACUUCAGGCUGAAGUUUUUUUAAGUAGUUCUCAACCACAAGAAAUAAACUGUUCUUUAGAAUAUAUACUCCAGGGGGCACUACACAACAGCGUCCAAUGCAGAGACAGGGAGAAUGGUUGAUUUGUGUAUAGUUCAAGCUUUGCCAUUGCUAUGUUGAAACAGGAAAACAAAAUUUGUACAUUUUUGAUUUGAUUUUAAGCGUAAUUAAUGAUUUUAAGCGUAAAGCCGUAUGUGGAAGUUUUGUUUCUUUGCCUGGGCUGCCAUUUCACUGUGUGUACACCUGAUUCUUCCAUGUUGAAAUAAAUGGUAAUUUGCUAUCAGUAGAAAAGUGUGAUAUGCAAGUGUUAUGAUGACGGUUGCAUAAGCAGGUAGAAUAACUGUGUAUAAACUAUAGGAAUAUUGACUUUAUUAACUAUGAGAGUACUGUAUAUUAACUAUCACUG